AUGAUUUUCUUUUUGGUAUUUUUUUGUCUCCUCGGCGGGUCGACGGCUACAAACAGUACAAACGGUACAACUCAUACGACAGGACGAACUAUUCAAACACAAAUGUGGGAAAAUUCAUUAUACCAUAUAUAAGACAAUUAAAAUGCAGUCCUGACUUCAUAAUCGGUGUUAUGGUACAAACGCUGCAGUCGUAUAUACAGAAUCCAUACGUGUAUAAUUUUGAAGAAAUGAACGAUUUAGUAGACUUCUAUGAAAUACAGACGAGUUUUAUGAAUCCAUGUAAUCCCAAACUUUAUAACGGCUGUAGUCAAAUUACGAAAGCUGAACCUAACGAUAAUCAUAUGUUGGGAAUGGAAGAAGUAGCAGAAUAUCUAAAGUCAACAAAAAUAUGUCUUACAAAAAUCACCUAUGAGAUUGAAUUAGCUCCAGUAGACGCAAGUUCUCCAAAUACGGUGAAUACAUAUGCAAAAGUGUGUCAAGGAAAAUUGAAUAUUUCAAAUUCGUGUGUACAAAAUACAAUAAAUUUUUUUGACAAGGGAACGUUUGCACUUAAUCAAGACAGUGGAGUAGUUGUCCGGUAUCUCGAUCUUGAUGACAUUAACAACGACUGUAGUUGUAGUUCAGCGUUUAUGGGAUUUCAAAACAUAGUUGCAGGCCUCCGCAAGGGUUCACAAACACCGUGUACGAAAUUUGAUAUUCAAUCAGACCAAUAUUUAUAUAAAUAACCAGCUUUUUCAUUAACUGUUAAAUAAAUAUACAAUUUAUACCCAAUUUCAAAUCAAUUCAGGCAUACAAAAAUUCACAACCUUUUUUUUUGUCAAAGACACAGAGUGGUAUGAUGUAUUUUGUUGGGCAGCAAAAAUUUCAAUUUUAAUCUUGUUCUAAUAAACAGCUGUAAUAAGUAUUUAUAUUUAGCUAUUAUAAAUUACAUUGAACUAUAAAUUAACAUUUUUUUUUUAAUAAAUUUAAUGGCACACGAGUGCUUGACACAACAUGUUCAAUUUGUAUGUGUGUACCUCUACACUUAUGUGAAAUUUAAUAUUUGUUUCCAUCUUAUUGUUAAUUUAGUUAGUCAGUAAUAAUUAUUGUACUUCCAUGAUGUAAUUGAUAAUUA